GGUGCCUCGCACACCUGGACCAGGACCUGGUCCCGGCUCCCGCUCGUUGUCGACUCUAGGCUACGAUGGCUAUAAGGCUGCGAUGCCUCGUCGCUCUUGACCCUACCUUGCAUCCACAGUCACACUCCCAUCAUUCCCAUUACCAUAGCCAUCCGGCAGUUUCCUUUAGAGAUCGGUUUCCUUGCCUAGUUUCAUAUUCCUAUUUUCCCUUGUCAGUGCCGUUUGUCUGUCUUGCUUCUUUCUCUUUAGCAUUGCUCGUCUUAUAAAGAGCUAUACCCGCCAACCUCGAGACCAAACUCUC